CGUUACGUCAGUCUAUGCCGUGACAUUGGAGGAGUAAGUGGGGUAGAUUUUUGUUCGUUAUUCGUUAUCAGAAAUAAUAUAUUACAUAUAAUGUGAAUCAUUGGUGUUUCGAAUUAGUGUUGUGUGUAGUUAUGAUAUAUAAAAUAACGAUUUAAUAAGAUUAGGUAAUAAUUAUUUUAAUUUUGUAAAUUCAAGUUUUUAAAUGUUUUAAAAGUGAAGUAUUUGUGAUAUAUCAACUUUUAAGAAAUGCUAAUUUACAAAUAAAUAUGAAAUACAAUUAGUAUAAAGUGUUUAUACAAUUAGUAAAAAGUGUUUCAAAAAAGGAAUGAAUUUGGUUAUGAAAGUAGGUACAACUGUGGAACAAAAUAUGCAGACCUCUUUAUCGAAACGAACAAUCGGUUGCAUCGGAAAGUGUACUUCUGGUCUUAGUGUUGAUGAAUUAGAUCAGAUUACAGAUAAUAUAAAUAAAACAUUGAAUCAUCCACGUGGAAGAGAGAUUUUCAAAAAGUUUUUGGAACAAUAUGAUCUUAGAGACAAUCUUGAGUGUUUGGCGCUAUUUGAAAUAUGUUUUGAGAUUAUCGAACGUGAACAAAAGUUUCCACAAUCGAAGAAGGAACCCUUGUUGGAAUCGUUAAUCGAAAAUGUCAAGCAAGUACAAGAAAUGGCUAUAGAUUUGGAUGGAGUAUCGCAAAUAGAUCGUGCACUUUUGGAACGUUUUAACGAAGCUUUAAAUAGCAAUUCAAGGAAUUCUUUACUUAGUAUAUUAGAGGAUACCAGAAAUUGUUGUCGAGAUCAUUUGAGAAGUAUUCAUGAAAAGUUCAAAGAGUACGCAUCAGAACCGUGUCCAAUGUCUAGAUAAUGAAUAUUUUUUUUACAUUUUCGUACAUUUACAACUUCGUUUGCAUAAAUGCAAAACUUAUUUUUUUUUUUAUUAAUAAUUUAUAAUAUUUCUUGAAUUGUAAAAAUUAAUGUGUUAAAUACGUUUUAUGUAUUUAUAUAAGUCUGUGAUCAAUAUAGGACAUAUAUAUUUUCUGUGCAUUUUUACUUGUUAAUAAAAUUAAGAUACAAUUAUAAUGUACUUAUUUAAAUUUAAUAAAAAUUUAUUAAAUUUGUAUUAAAAUAAUUUAAUAAAAAAAAACAAAUAGAAA